AUGGGAAGCGGGGGAUCCAAAAGGGCGCGUAGUGCUGGAAGUGAACAAAGCGAUGAUGGAAGAGAGAGAAAAAAUGGAAAAAAGAAGAAAGAGAAGACAUACUUGUUGCAUACGCUGAAAGAACACACGGACGGUAUUAAUUGCAUGUCUAUGAGCGAAGACGGAAAGGUGAUCGUAACAGGUGCUGAUGAUAACACUGCAAUAAUAUGGGAUUUGAAGACAAAUGAAGCAAAACACGUUCUUAAAGGACACACGGGAUAUAUCACAUGUAUACAGGUGUUUGCGGAAUAUGUCUACACUGGUAGCUCUGAUAAGAAGGUCCGUAAAUGGAAUAUUGACACCGGUAAAUGCGAAGUUCUUGUUGAAGGACACGCUGCGCCAGUUACCCGAUUAAUUUGUACUGGUGAUUUCUUAUUUACAAGUUCGUACGAUCGUACGGCUAUGUGCUGGGAUCCCGACGACGGUGAACUAUUACAUAUAUUUCGUGGACAUAAACGGGGAGUGACACCAUUAAUGUAUAUCCCGGCAGAAGAUGCCCUAAAAGAUGACGUACUAGACAUGGACUAUAACAAAGACAUUCUAAUUACUGGUAGUGCAGACGCAACAGCCAAAUCUUGGAACAUGGAUUCGGGAAAUUGUUUUAUUACUUUCAAAGGACACAAAGGUGCCAUUUUAUGUUUAGCAGCUGAUCCAACGGGGACCAUUUUGCUGACUGGAAGUGCCGACUGUACCAUCAGAAGUUGGAAUAUCGCUACAGGUGAAUCUUUCAAAGUGUUCGAAGGACACAAAGCAUCCAUUCUUUGUUUACAAGUAACCAAUAAAUUGAUGUACACCGGUAGCUCAGAUCAAACAGCCAAAUGCUGGGUUACGGAGUUUGCUGACUGUACAAGAACGUACCUCGGUCAUAGACACAGUAUUAACACUCUGAAAGUGCAGGAAGGCUUAGUUUAUACUGGAUGUGGGGAUAAAAUGGCCAGAGUUUAUGAUGCCAAGUCUGGCGCAUUAAAACGAACAUUGAAAGGACAUGAAUUUGUAAUCACAGCAAUCGCGAUAAAUGGCGGGAAGCUCUACACGGCUUCCUACGACGGAAGUCUCAAAAUAUGGGAUUGUUCCGACAUCAAAGAUGAUAUCACUAGUUUUGGUAAUAAGGAAGACGCCGAAGAUGAAAAGGAGAAAGAGAAAGAGAAAGAAAAGAAUAAAAAGAACGAAAAAGAUUCGAAAAUGGAUACAAACGGUAAUAAUGAGCUGGAAAGUAUCAAAGAAAAGAAUGAAACAGAAAGUACGGAAAAGUUACAAGAGAGUGAGAAAAAAGACAACGAGAAAGUGUUUGAUAAUAAGGAACUUGAUGAAGAUAUAACUAAAGAAAUUGAAGAAAUCAACAAAGAAAUGGAAGCCGUCAAAGAUGUCUAG